AUGCACCUCAACGGCACGGCGUACCCGUGUGGCGCCUACAAUACAGCUGGCGUCGCGACCACGGUGAGCAACUUGCUGCCCUCGAUUCUGCUGUCCGUCUUUCUGUGUAUUGCGUUUGGCAGUGUCGUGGCCAGCGCCCAGCUCCGUUACUACCAACGCCGCUGGCUCCUCGAUGCGUCGUGGACAAAAGACAGUGCGUUCAUGAUGGCGUGCGGGCUACCCCACUGGUUUACGAGUCUCCCGCUCGACAAGCACGAAGCCAUCAAGAUUGGCAACCGCCUCUUCUGCAAGCCGAGCAUGCAAGCCCGCAUGGGCUACGCCAGUGUGACGGUGCAGCCCAGCAACGUCAUUUACGUCCGAGCUGUUGCCAAGACAGACGAGCCGACGUUCCUCCUACUUAGCGUAUACACGCUGCUCCUCGCCUUGACGCCUCCCUGGCUGCGCUGCGUUGGCCCCAACGUGUUUGGCGAGAUUGCGAAAAGCGAGCUUCAGCCAGCGACCACCAAGCGCUUGGAUCCACGCAUGGCGUACGCACAUAGCCGCGGCUCGUGCGUUAACUAGUUAAACGUCACAUUUCAUGCUAGUACUACUAAACAUUUUGGUCGUGGCGAGCGAGUCGACCCUUGAC